AGACUUGCUCCGGCCUUCGCAGUCCGCACCCAGCGACCUGCGGACACCCCGAACCCUAAUCUGCACCCCGCAGAGUCUCCCCUGCCCCAUCCCGGCGUUGCCGUUACCGCCCGCUGCGCGCCACCCCCAUGCCCGCCGGUCGCCCGGGCCCCGCCGCCCAAUCUGCGCGGCGGCCGCCGAGGCCGCUGUCCUCGCUGUGGUCGCCUCUGUUGCUCUGUGUCCUCGGGGUGCCUCGGGGCGGAUCGGGAGCCCACACAGCUGUGAUCAGUCCCCAGGACCCCACGCUUCUCAUAGGCUCCUCUCUGCAAGCUACCUGCUCUGUAUAUGGAGACACACCUGGGACCACCGCUGAGGGUCUCUACUGGACCCUCAAUGGGCGCCGCCUGCCCUCAGAGCUGUCCCACUUACUCAAUACCUCCACCCUGGCGCUGGCCCUGGCCAACCUCAAUGGAUCGAGGCAGCAGUCAGGGGACAACCUGGUGUGUCAUGCCCGGGAUGGCAGCAUUCUGGCCGGCUCCUGCCUCUAUGUUGGCCUGCCCCCUGAGAAGCCUUUCAACAUCAGCUGCUGGUCCCGGAACAUGAAGGACCUCACUUGCCGCUGGACACCGGGUGCACAUGGGGAGACGUUCUUACACACCAACUACUCCCUCAAGUACAAGCUGAGGUGGUAUGGCCAGGACAACACAUGUGAGGAAUACCACACUGUGGGUCCUCACUCCUGCCACAUACCCAAAGACCUGGCCCUCUUCACUCCCUAUGAGAUCUGGGUGGAAGCUACCAAUCGUCUGGGCUCAGCUCGAUCUGAUGUGCUCACAUUGGAUGUCCUGGACGUGGUGACCACGGACCCGCCACCCGACGUGCACGUGAGCCGUGUUGGGGGCCUGGAGGACCAGCUGAGCGUCCGCUGGGUCUCACCACCUGCUCUCAAGGACUUCCUCUUCCAAGCCAAGUACCAGAUCCGCUACCGAGUGGAGGACAGCGUGGACUGGAAGGUGGUGGAUGACGUCAGCAACCAGACCUCCUGCCGCCUAGCGGGCCUGAAGCCCGGCACUGUAUAUUUUGUCCAAGUGCGUUGUAACCCAUUCGGGAUCUACGGAUCGAAAAAGGCGGGAAUCUGGAGCGAGUGGAGCCACCCCACCGCUGCCUCCACCCCUCGAAGUGAGCGCCCGGGCCCGGGCGGCGGGGUGUGCGAGCCGCGGGGCGGCGAGCCCAGCUCGGGCCCGGUGCGGCGCGAGCUCAAGCAGUUUCUGGGCUGGCUGAAGAAGCACGCGUACUGCUCGAACCUCAGCUUCCGCCUGUACGACCAGUGGCGUGCUUGGAUGCAGAAGUCACACAAGACUCGGAACCAGCACAGGACGAGGGGAUCCUGCCCUCGGGCAGACGGGGCACGGCGAGAGGCCCUGCCGGAUAAACUCUAAGAACAAGCACCUCCUGCCUCUUGCAGACCCGGAGGCUCGCCCCAACUCCUCUGUACUCGCUUCGGGGGGGAACCAGAGAAACAUCACUAGGGCCUGGAGCAAGCGCAGUGAGCUCCCAGCCACAGAUCUGGUCCGCAUGAUGUUCAACCUUGGGUGUACCCCAGUGUGGAUACAGUUGGAGUAAUGACUUUGGUGACCUAGGGUCCUCCAAGAGCCCCCUUAAAUAAAAGAGUUGUCCAGGUCCUCUGAUGGUGUGUUUAGGGCCCGAGUGGUCUGGGGAUUGGAACAUCCUCCACCUCAAAAACCAGUUUUCCAGGACACUAGACUACCUGUUCUCAACUCCUUAGGGGGAGGGAAGUCUUCCACCUGUCUCCCUGUUCCCCUGGGGAACGCCCCCCAAUCGCCGGACCCCACACCCCAAGAUACAGAGCUGAUGGGAAAGCCGCAGAGGGAGGAUUCUUUAUUUUGUGAGGCGCAUUGGAGGGCAGCCCGGCGGGGCAUGACCUCAGCCAGCUGGCGGUCAGGCCUGGGCUGGACGCCAUGGGCCUCUUUUCCCAUCUUCCUCUGGUCCCUUGGGAGCCGCCCUCACUCUGCAGAUUCGGCAUCAAACCUGAGUUCCUGCAGAACCUCGCUGAUCGCCUCCAUGGUUUUAAUUACCCUACAAGAGCGGAUGGAAACUAUAAAUAAAACCCAGAUGGGGUGAAUUAGCUGAGCCGCACAGCUAGCGGGGAGGGGACUAUGGCAAGCCCUGGGCCUUCCUGCCUGCCGCCAAACCUCAAGCCCAGCC